AUGGUGGGUCAGUCCGAUGAAGAUGUACGACGACGUCAUCUGUCCAAUACUUCGAAGACGAGUAGCAGCGGUAGCUCAGCAUGUAACGGGACGAAUGCUCCUCGACGGUUGUCCUUUGCUCAGAAGAAAAAAGAUGACUUGGCAAAAGGGCCGUGUGAGAAAAUAGUCCAUCGUCCUCAAGAUUCGUUGUUUAGCAGCAGUUCAGGGUGGACCAACUACAGAGGAUUUUUCAAUCUAGCCAUGCUCCUGCUGAUUGUGUCCAACGGCCGCGUAGCGCUAGAAAAUCUUAUUAAGUAUGGUAUACUCAUAUCUCCGGUACAGUGGCUGUCAUUCAUGCUAGAGGAGGCAUCCAUAUGGAACUGGCCAAACCUUACUAUGGUCUUGUUAUCAAACAUCACAGUAAUCACUGUCUUCCUAGUCGAAAAGAUACUUGUUCUCAUAUCGGCACAUUUAGCUAUUCCUGCUGCAUUUACUCUGAUUCUGAAGGUUUCCUUCGUUGAACAUAAGUUGGGUUCCAUACUGCACUUGCAGGGCAAUCCGUUGUGUUCAGUAUGCGCUCUGUCGGUUUUUGUAGUUCAAUCGCUUAAACUGGUAUCAUACAUUCAUGUGAAUUACUGGUGCAGAUGCGCUCGUCUCGAAAGAGCUAUCGAGUCAAAGAAGGAUGAUGUUACUAGACACGAGAUAUCACCACCAGAAAUGUCUUCUCUUUAUCCGGCUUCAUUGAAUCUAUCUAAUCUAUACUACUUCAUACUGGCUCCAACCCUUUGCUAUGAGCUCAGAUUCCCACGCUCCGUUCGACGUCGAAAGAGCUUCCUCGUUAAACGGUUCAUUGAGAUGGUGUUUCUUACCUUUCUGGUGGCAGCUCUGAUCCAGCAGUGGAUUGUGCCAACGGUGCACAACAGUAUGCGUCCGCUCAAUGAAAUGGAAUUUGGCAGAAGCCUCGAAAGACUCCUAAAACUGGCAAUACCAAAUGUGAUUAUUUGGUUGAUUGGCUUCUACACCCUGUUCCAUGCUAUGCUCAACUUUAUGGCGGAAGUUUUGAGGUUCGCUGACAGAGAGUUUUACCGAGAUUUUUGGAAUUCGGAGACUAUCCAGUACUUUUGGCGCACUUGGAAUAUUCCCGUUCACCGUUGGGCUGCUCGGCACAUUUACUUCCCUAUGGUGCGAAAUAAUUACAGCAGGUUCAGUGCGAUGAUCGUAGUAUUUUUCGUAUCUGCUUUCUUCCACGAGUAUCUGGUAUCCGUCCCUCUGCAUAUGUUCCGAUUAUAUGCUUACUAUGGCAUGAUGGCGCAGAUUCCUUUGUCACUCAUCACUGACUACGUUGUUAAGGGUGGCCGAGCAGGAAACGUAAUCGUGUGGUUAUCGCUCAUCGUUGGACAACCUCUUGCUAUUCUUAUGUAUUUCCACGAUUGGUAUGUCAUUCACACAAUAUCUGCAGAAUCGCUGCCUCCAGGAAAUAUUAGUUGA